AUGGCCAUGUGUGCGGUGCUUAUAGAUAAGGGCACUAUCGGCUCUGGACCAAUAGGUGUCGCCUCUGACCCUUGUCUCGCCAGACUGUCGGCCUUCGAUUCCCGCGUCACUAGUGGAGAGUGGCAUGGUGGGCCCAAAUAUAGCGGUGGUCCGAGCCAAAAUCACANGAGCCAAAAACACAGUCCACUUGAAGAUAGCUACGAAGUAACAACUAAGAAACAAGAAGUCCCUAGAAGCCAACAGCAGCCAGUACAAGCCCACUCAAGAAACAAGGGGUUGUUAUUUCAGUACACCCCCUCCCCGCUACCCCGCUACGUGAACACCGGCGAGAGAGAGACAACGAUAUCUCUGCAUCGGGCGCUUCUUCUUCGAGCCUUCAACAACUCCCAGGCGCAACUCCAGUAACCCGUGGGGCGUACCCCACAUUUUGGUCCUUGACGAAGCCGGAUUACGUCGGGUUGUUGAAGAA